AUGUACGUCGCUAAUUGGCACAGAAUUGAGCUCACCAUCCAAAUCAUCGGUGUUGCAUCACAUGCCUUGUCCCAAAACCUGAAGCUUUUUGUUGUGUUGCCGUUGCUUACCCUCGGCUUAGUGGUGUACUAUGCGCCGAUUGUGGUGUUCUUGGUGUUUGCAAGGUUUAAUGGCAAGUUCGUGCCCAGAGAAUUGGAUGGUGAAUACUUUUGUGAGUGGAAGGAAGAUUCCUGGGUUCCUGCGUAUUAUGCGCUUGCCAUUAUAACUAUGCUCUGGUCUCUUGCUGUAAUGGUGGAAAUGCAAGUAUAUGUCAUAAGUGGAGCUAUUGCUCAGUGGUAUUUCUCCAAUGAAGACUCACUGCCUAAAAAAUGCAUCCGGAGUUCUUUGAGGAACGCAUUUGGGCAGUCCUUUGGUACAAUAUGUCUCUCAGGAAUCCUCAUAUCCGUUGUUCGUGUGGUCCGAGCCAUUGUGGACAACGCAAGAGAAGAGAACCCACAAGGCAUAGUGAACUUGGCUCUCCGUUGCUGCGCAAACGCCUUACUUGGAGCUGUUGACUAUCUCAACAAGUUCACCAUCAACUUUGCUGCAAUAACAGGCGAAGCCUAUUGCACCUCUGCCAAAAUGAGUUACGAACUCUUGAGACGCAAUCUACUCUCAGCCGUUUUUGUCGAAACAGUUUCCACUCGAAUUCUAACCGGAAUUGUCUUUGUCCUCUCAGCCGCUUAUGCAGUCGCGACAUGGGCUGUUCUGAGAGGAGUGAGCAACUUGGGUAUAGAUUCGUACUUGGUGGCUAUUCUCGCGUGGCUCUUACUGAUUGUGAUGUUGGCUUUCUUUGUACAUGUUCUUGACAAUGUGAUCGACACAAUCUAUGUUUGUUACGCCAUUGAUCGAGACAAGGGAGAUGUUUGCAAGCAAGAGGUUCACGAGGCGACUAUGAUAUGCAUCGAUAACUCCGAGUGGAUGCGAAACGGAGAUUACUCUCCGUCUAGGUUACAGGCUCAAACGGAAGCUGUGAAUCUUCUCUGCGGGGCGAAAACCCAGUCGAAUCCAGAGAACACGGUGGGGGUUCUGACGAUGGCAGGGAAAGGGGUUAGGGUUUUGACAACUCCUACUUCUGAUCUUGGCAAGAUUUUGGCGUGUAUGCACGGCCUUGAUGUGGGAGGGGAGAUUAACUUAACAGCGGCGAUCCAGAUUGCUCAGCUAGCUCUCAAGCAUCGGCAAAACAAGAAUCAACGCCAAAGGAUUAUAUUAUCUGAUGUUGGUCUUGUGCUUCUGCUUUUCAGUCCAAUCAAGUAUGAAAAGAAGGCCUUGGAGUUAGUUGGGAAACGGCUCAAAAAGAAUAGUGUCUCUCUUGACAUUGUCAAUUUUGGAGAAGAUGAUGAUGAGGAAAAGCCUCAGAAACUGGAGGCCCUCCUUACAGCCGUUAAUAACAACGACGGCAGCCACAUUGUUCAUGUUCCAUCUGGAGCCAAUGCUCUCUCAGAUGUGCUGCUCAGUUCAACCAUUAGCCAGGUUGAUAAGGGCAUCGCAUAUCCAAAUAUCGAUCCAGAGCUAGCUCUUGCCCUUCGGGUCUCCAUGGAAGAGGAGAGAGCAAGGCAAGAGGCUGCUGCGAAGAAGGCAGCCGAUGAGGCAGGUCAGAAAGACAAAGACGGGGAUACAGCUUCUGGCUCACAGGAGACGGCUGCUAGGACAACUGAGAAGAGCGCUGAACCAAUGGAUGAGGACAACGCGUUGCUAGAUCAGGCAAUUGCUAUGUCCGUGAGUGAUGUAAACAUGUCAGAAGCGGCGGAUGAGGACCAGGAUUUGGCUUUAGCUCUGCAGAUGUCAAUGAGUGGGGAAGAGUCGAGUGAAGCUACAGGUGCUGGAAACCUCUUGGGAGAUCAAGCUUUCAUAUCAUCGGUUCUGUCAUCGCUUCCGGGAGUGGAUCCAAAUGAUCCAGCGGUGAAAGCGCUGCUAGCAUCUCUGCCAGACGAAUCAAAGCGUAACGAGGAGGAUGAGAGUAGUAGCAAAGGGGAGGAUGAGAAGAAGUGAAGAAGGAGACGGACGUAUCAGUAUGAUGAUGGGCUCUCAAUAAAGUUGUUGUUGCCUCUUUGGGGUUUGAUAGAGAGAGAUCAUAUAGAACUGAUGAAGAACUCUUUUUAGUAAUCUCUGCCUUAUGAUAAUGUGAAGACCUUCGUCUCUCUUGGAUUUCUUUCUUUUAAAAUGGUGUUAUUAUUGUUGUACGAGUCAUCGCAACCAGCUUCCUUCUUACUUUCAUUGGGCUUUGGGUCAGUGGGCACUUAGUAAAAGCCUAUUAAUACCGAUUUUGAUAACUCAUUCUAAAACGCAUCCCAAGUCCAACAGACGAGAUGCGGAAACUUGAAAGCUUUAACCCACUAAUCCAGUAGAUAUUUCAACUACACAAUUUUUGAAUUUUCUUUUGUUAUGCUAACCAAAAUUAAAAUUCAUGAUUGAUCUAAAUUACAUUAUGUA